GUUCCUACUUCAUUUAGGAAAGGACAAAUGGAUAAGAUCAAAUAAUUAAUCGUUUUAGCUAUAGUCCUUUUUUUAUAGACGUGAUGCAUAAUUUUGUUACACAUUAAAUACGUUUAAAGAAAAUAUUUUUCAUCCAGUUUUUGUUUAGUUCCGCGUAUAAAGUUGAGAAGUUGCAGGACUUUUAUUUUGAAUUCCUUUUAAAGGAAAUGCGUAAUCGAAGGUCGUGCUGGUUUCGAUGACUGCAAAUGACGCACCGGUCACAUUACAGUAAGAUCAACCUCUCGACUCAUCACAGUGCACAUUUCUACUUUUAUUGCGAAGGAUGAGAAGGACUGUGAGCGACACUUAAAGCGUCAUUCUAAAGCGGAUAUUUCUUGAGUUAACGGGCGUGUUUGAGAGAUAAGAGAGAAGGAUCUAGAAUCAUCCCAGGACUGAUUACAUCACUGAUAUCAGAUGAUAACUCUUCAGCGCACAGACAUGAGGAGUUUGCCGUAUUUCUGCCGGGGACAGGUUGUCCGUGGAUUUGGACGAGGAAGCAAAGAGUUGGGCAUCCCGACAGCCAACUUCCCGGAGUCGGUAGUGGACAGUCUCCCUGCUGACAUCAACACUGGCAUCUACUAUGGGUGGGCACGCGUUGAUAACGGAGACAUUCACAAGAUGGUGAUGAGCAUCGGCUGGAACCCUUAUUACAAAAACACCAAGAAAUCAAUGGAAACACAUGUGAUCCACACGUUUAAGGAAGAUUUUUACGGCCAGAUAUUGAGUGUGGCCAUGGCGGGCUACAUUCGUCCUGAGAGAGGAUUCAAAUCACUUGAUGAGUUGAUAGCAGCAAUCCACAGUGACAUUGAGGAGGCGAAGAGAAACCUGGACCUGCCUGAGCACUUGAAACUGAAAGAGGAUAACUUUUUCAAGACAUCAGUAUCCACAACAACCAGAUCUGAUAAGAUCAUGAACGGUCAUUGAAUUGAACACUGUACUCACUGUCCCUUCUCUCUAAUGACCUCUAGAAAAAUCCAUCUUAUUUCAUUUGCAUUUUGUUGUUAUUUUUGUAUUUUAAAUAAGAUUUAUGUCCCAGUUUUGUGCUUUGGUUAAGUGCAGGCGCUAAACGCAAGAUGCAUGUGUAAAACCUGUUAUUAUCGUGUUUUCCUUCUCAGUGUCUGUGUAUGAUACACAAAGAGGGAUUCGAGUUACAUAACGAAGAACGUCACAAAAAUUGCUAGCAUCAUGUUACACAUGAACCCUGUCCUGGAAAGAAAACUCCCCUUCACAGCACUCAUGUUUACCACAGUCCCCUCGCAGUGAUAUCAAGUCCCCUCGCAGUGAUAUCAAGUCCCCUCGCAGUGAUAUCAUGUGAAAGUCAGAGAGUGUUCUCUUCUCUUUUGGCAACAAAAUUCCACUGUUCUUAGUUACAACAUGAUUUAAUUGUUGUUCAGCAAAGACUUGGAAAAGGAUUAAGCUACUCACUUCAAGAAUAGCUGAAAUUGGAAUUCAUCCUCACUUAGACAAAAUGAGUCGUUUUUAUGGUUCUCAGAGAACCGUGCCCUGAGAUGGAAGUCCAAGGUUGAGAUAAAGAGAGCUAAAGCCCAGUUUGUCAUACUGCAAAUGCAAAACUGGUCAGACGGUGGUUAAAUGGCAACUCUGUCUGUACAUUAUUACUUGAAUGAAUGAUAAUGGUCUUUUAAAUAUUUAAGAGUGUGUACAAAAGCCCUAUUAUGUGCUAUGUAGUGUUAAACCUUCACCUAAAAUAACUUCUGCUUUUUUACUUUUUUCCAUUUACUCUGGUUAAACAUUUAACUGUUUUUGAAGAGACUCAACAGACAGUAAGAGUUAGUUCAUGUAGAUCCAUAACGCUUAAUCUGAUUUAACACUUUCUCCUUGUUGUGUUUCAAUCGUUUGAAACAAGUAAAAUGCUGCUGGUUUGGCAUCAGACUACAAGAAUUCUUUGUGAGAUGGACUCAGGAAGAUGACACUAUUUAAGACCUCAAAAUUUUUGCCAUGCUACAUUUUUUAAUCUUUGCCAUCAGGGGAUGUUUAGACCUGUUAGACAACUGCAUCCUCGAUGUUUCAGUACUGUGUGAAUAGUUUGCUUUGUAGGUCAUGUCAGUGCCUUAAAUGUGUAAAAACUAAAAUCUAAAUACUAACAUACAGUGCACAACCAAGCAUUCCUUCAAGGUUAUAAGUGACACCAACAUUUGCAUUAAGCAACAAAAAUUCUUUGUUUAUCCUGUAAAUGCCAGUAAUCUGUUAUCAUCAUAGGGCAACGCUUUAAUUCUGAUGUCACAUAAAUUAUAUAAUUGCUUGCUUAACUGUAAUAAAAGAGCUAUAUACAUAAAGAA